AUGGCAGGUGAUUGGAGAAUCAGUGCCGAAGAACGAAAACAGUACGAUUUGUACUUUCAACAAUGUAACCCAAUACAAGGUUAUGUAUCGGGUGAUCAAGCACGAAAUUUUUUUCUUAAAUCAAGUUUAUCUGCUGAUAUUCUUCGUAAAAUAUGGAAUCUUUCGGAUAUAACAGCCGAUGGUCGUUUAGAUAAGCGAGAAUUUACGAUUGCUUGUCAUCUGAUUUCUUCUCAAGUUCAGAAAAAAGUACCACUACCGGAUAAACUUCCACCAACUCUUCUCUCCGAUGCAAUUUUAAUAACAGCAAAUGGUGCACCACCACCAUCAUCCAUGUCUACAUUAUCAUUAUCAAUAGUUCGACCAGUUCAAAGUUGGAGUGCACCUGGUCAAUCAUUAGUUUCUGCUCAACCUUUAAUACCAGUUCUUAUUCCACCAGCACCAUUAACACCAGCAGUACGUUCAAAAUAUCUUCAACAAUUUCAUUCAUUAGUUGAUGUAACAAAAACAAAUGGAUUUAUGAGUGGUUUACAAGCAAGAAAUAUUCUUCAACAAACUGGUUUAUCACAAACAGUACUUCAUCAAAUAUGGGCUUUAGCUGAUCAUGAUAAAGAUGGUCGUUUAACAUCUGAUGAAUUUGUUAUUGCAAUGCAUUGUUGUGAUGUUGUACGUGCCGGACAAAUAUUACCAACUCGUUUACCUGAUGAAUGGUUAAAUACAACUAUAGUACAACGUGAACGUAUAGGUUCAUUAGGAACAUCCAAUGUUUCUUCAGCAUUUGCUAAUAUUAAUCAAGAACUUAAAGAUGCUUUUAAAUUUCCGACUACAACCGAAAAUCAUGCUCCUGAAACAAUAGAACCUGAACGAAGAAAUAGUCUUGUAUCUUAUGAAGAAAAACGUCAAAAGAAUUAUGAAGAUGGAUUUAAAGAAUUAGAACGACGUCGACAAUUAUUACGUGAACAAGAAGAACGUGAUCAAAGAGAACGUGAAGAACGAGAACGUAAACGUGAAUUCGAAUUACAAAAACAAAAAGACGAACAAGAACGUCGAAAACAAAUGGAAUUUGAACGACAAUUAGAAAGACAAAGACAAAUUGAACAUCAAAAAGAAGAAGAACGAAGAAAAUUAUUUGAACAACGUGAGGCUGCACGAAAAGAUAUGGAACGUAAGAGUCGUUUAGAAUGGGAACGUCAACGUAUGCAAGAAUUAUCAACACAAAAAUCUCGUUUACUUGAACAAACUAAUAAUUUAAAAUCUCGUGAAAAAGCACUUGAACUUGAAUUACAAAGUAUGGAUGAUACAAUACAAACAAAUCAAAAAAAAGUUCAUCAAACAAAUACAAAUAUACAAAUAAUUGAUCAAAAAAUAAAUGAUAUGCAAAAACAUACAAUACAAGAAAAACAUCUUUUAGAAAAUUUUGAACAACAACGAAAAGAUUUAUAUAUUAAAUUAAAUUAUUUACAAACAGAAAGAGAAUCAAUUAAUUCAUCAUUAAAAAAUCUUAAUCAAUCGAAAGAAUUCAGUAUGGCUAAUCGAGAAUCUGAUCAAAUGAAAUUUUUACAACUUCAACUCGACAAUGUCAAACAAGAGAGUAUACAUGUUGAUGAACAAAUUACAACUAUGAAUCAUCAAUGUAAACAAUAUCAAAAUCAAAUGGAGCAACUUCGUCGUCAACUUAAUCAACUUGAACAAGAUGCUAAAAAUAAAAAACCAAUAAAUAAAGUUACAUUACAAACAACAACAACAACAACAUCUUUGCCCUAUUAUGAUCGAUUUAAUACUACAAAUGAUUUCAAUGCUCAAUCUUAUUCCAUUCCUCCUGUAGCUUCUAUAUCUACUGCUAUUGAUGUUGAUCCAUUUCAAACAGUCGAUCCAUUUGCUUCUCAAUCUGAUAUAGGUUCACCAACAACAAUAACAAAUCAUGAUUGGUUUCAAUCAUCAAAUAAUGGACAAAUAAAAAAUGAUCCAUUUAUUUCUAAAACUGAAAUAUCUCCAAAACCAAAAAAAAUUGCACCUAAAGUAAAUAUAAAACAAAUAUCAACAAUUGAUCCAUGGGGUAGUUCAACAACAAAUAAUCCUGGAAAUGAUUGGACAUCUACGAAUAAAAAUAAUAAUAUAAAUUCAUCAUUUGGUAUAACAAAUGAAUGGUCACAAUCAUCUUCAACUAUUUCUAAUGGAAAUUCUUCAUCGAGUACUAUUCAAUAUCGAGCAUUAUAUGAUUAUAUACCUCAACGUUCUGAUGAAUUAGCAAUGUCAGUUGGAGAUAUAAUAAUAAUUGAUCCAACACAAAAACAACAAGAUGAAAAUUGGUUAUUUGGAAAAAUUGGAAAUGAUAAAUAUGGAUUUUUUCCAGCUGCUUAUGUUGAACGUUUACCAUCAACAUCUGUAUCUACUAAUGGAAAUACUGUCGAUACAACUUCACAAUUAAUAUCUGGAUCAUGGGUGAUAACAUUAGCAGAUUGUCAAGGCAAAACAGUUGAUAAACAUUUAUCAUUUCAAAAAGGUGAACUUAUUCUUGUACGUGAACAAAAAGAUGCUGCUUGGUAUAGUGGACAACUUCGUGGAAAAGUUGGUUGGUUUCCAAGAAAUUAUGUUAGACCAGCAACUGAAAUAGAAAUACAAAAUAAUAAAAAUACAACAAAGACUACACCAACAAAUGAAAAACCAUUAAAUUCUCCGAUGUCACCUACUAGUGCAUCAUCUACUGAUAGUAGUUUUGUUUGGCGUCAGGCACCAACUCUACCAACAAUACCUGAUAUUUAUGAAGCUAUUUAUCCAUAUGAAGCUACGGAUCCAAGUGAUUUAUCAUUUAAUGCUGGUGAACGUAUCAUUGUAUUAAAACGUGAAGGUGACUGGUGGACAGGAAAAGUUGGUGAUCGUACAGGAACAUUUCCAAAUAAUUAUGUUCAAAAAGUUGAAACUCCAUUAUUAGAAACAGCUAUUGCAAUAGCACCUUUUCAAACGCAAGAUGAAGGUCGUUUACCAUUUGGUAUAGGUCAAUUGAUUUAUAUAAGAAAAAAAGGUGAUAAAGGAUGGUAUCAAGGAGAAAUUCGAUCUACUGAUCAACCAAUACGUGUUGGUUGGUUUCCGGCGAAUUGUGUACAAAUACAAACACAGUCUGCACCUGCACCUCCACCUGCACCUGCAUCUGUAUCAUCGACUCCUUUGUAUUUAAAUGCAUCAGAAUCGCCACGAUAUAUUGCUCUUUUUGCAUAUGAUGCUCAACAUGAAGAUGAAUUAAGUUUUCCAGCUGAUGCAAUUCUAGAAAUAUUAGAUCAAUCAGGUAAUAAUGGUUGGUUUAAAGCUCGAUAUAAUAAUCAAAUUGGUUUGAUUCCAUCAACAUAUGUAAAACCAAUUGACGAACAUACUUCAUCCUCAUCAACAGAAUCUCGUCUUCUUCCACAAAUACCUGCGACAGUUAAUUCAUCUCAACAUGUAGUUAUUAAUAAUUCAACAAUGAAAACCAGAUCAAGUGAUGGUGAUACAUCAAUACAAAAUUUAUCAAAUAAUUCAUUAAGAAUAUCUGCUAUUCGAGAAUUAAUUGAAACUGAACAACGUUAUGUUGAUGAUUUAUUAAUUGUUACUAAUCAAUUUAUUGAACCUUUAUAUAAUGCUCGAAUAUUAAAUGAUUAUGAAAUUGAACAAUUAUUUAUUAAUUGGUAUAAUUUAAUUACACUUAAUAAUAAUCAUCUAAAAGCAUUACAUGAACAAGUAGAUUAUACAGAAGAUAUUAAUUCAACAGAAAAUGAAGUCAUUACACGACCUCCUCGAUCAGUAUCGAUGUCAAAUAUUGCAUUAGCUGCUCAGUUUUCUUCAAAAAGUACUAUCGAUAUUCAUCAUCGUUCAUUUACUCCUGAUGUUUCUCAUUCUCCAUCUAUUCGUCUUGUAAAAAAUCGUAAUGUAACUCAUCAUCGUUCACCAUCAAUUAAUAAUAUAGUAGUUAAACCAAAUACUGAUUAUAUGAAUGAUAAUAUUAUUCCUCCAACUCCUCUAUUAUCAACAGGAUUAAUGACAAUAACAGAAUCAACAAAAAUAGGUGAAAUACUUUGUUCUCAUUUACCAAAUAUGGCAAAUGAUUAUUUUCAAUAUUGUAAUUCUCGUUCACAAGCAAAUAAAUCUUUACAAAUAAAAAUUGAUUCUAAUGAAAAUUUUCGUUCAUAUUUAAAAAUUUUUCAAGAUAAUACCGGUGGUUUAUCAUUAAAUGGUUUUUUAACAAAACCAAUACAACGUGUUACACGUUAUCCAUUAUUAAUUGAAAAAAUUCUUAAACAUACAUUAAUAAAUCAUCCAGAUUAUGAAUCAUUAAAACAAGCACUUGAUUGUGCACGUCAAUUAAAUGAAAGAAUUAAUAAACAAAUAAGUGAACAAGAAAGUAGUUUACGUUUAGAUUGGUUACAACAACAUUUAAUAUUUGGUAGUGAUGAAAAUUCUUCUGAUGGAUAUUUAUUAGAUGAAUUAGUCAAAUUUAAUUCUUUAAAUAAAUAUAAUAUACAAAGAAAAUUAAUUUUACAUGGUUUAGUAACGAAGGUACCUAGUGGAAAAGAAUUAUUAGCAUUUUUAUUUAAUGAUUUUCUUCUAUGUUCAACUAUAAAAUCAUCAUCAUCAUCAACUAAUUGGCAAACACAAAUAUUUGAACAAAAAUCAACUUUACAAUUAAAACUUUAUCGUUUGCCAUUAUUUUUGAUUGAUAUUAUCAUUGCUAAUGAAUCACUUAAUGAUCAAUUAACUUUUUCGAUAACAUCGAAAGUUCAUGAAAAACCAUUAGUAUUAAAAGCACAACAAACUAAUGUUCGUACUCUAUGGGUAAAAUCAAUUAAUAAUGCAGUUGAAGAAUGUCAAGCAGCAGAAAAAUCAAUCCUAGCUGAUAAAGCAAUGUUUACAAUUCCAGGCAAUAAACAUAAUUCAAGAGCAGCUGUUGCACGUCUUCUGCUUGUUGUACAAGAAGCUCAAGAUUUAAUGCCAUCAAAUAAAACUCUUGAACGACAUCGUUCUGUUGAUCCGUAUUGUGAAAUAACUGUCUGUUCCUUAACAUUAAAAACACCAUUUAUAAAACGAACAAUUAAUCCAAAAUGGAAUGCACCUAUGCAAUUUCUCAUAUAUAAUCUUAAAGAAGAUAUGAUUCAUAUCAAUAUAUUUGAUAAUGAAUAUUUUUCACCUAACGAAAGUCUUGGUUAUAUAUCAGUACAUCUUACUGAUAUUCUUCCAUGUCCACUUGAUACAUUCUUAACUAAACCUUCACUUCCAUUUACUCAAAAAGUUUAUCUCAACAAUGGAUCAUCAGUGAUUAUUAAAUGUGUUGUUCAAAUUUUAACAACAUCAAACUAA